AUGCCCGCCUCUGCCAACAUCACCCGCGCCAAACAGCUUGAACCAACGCAUCCUACUGUCGAAGGCCCUGUUAUUGAACGUCCUGCUGUUGUCGGAAAGUGCGACAAUAUGUGCGUAACUGACCGAUGUCUCAACCUAAUCGCUCACACGCCAGUUGUCACAACGCGACCGCAUUCCAAGUCUACAGUUCGACAUAACAGUGAACAAGGCAAGUUCCUUUCAACUUGCCUACUGUGGAUAAACACUGAUGCUGAAUUUGUAGAUACCAUCAUAUACGCCGUCUCAGGAAACGGCGUUCUCAUCGUGAAUGAGGCUGUCAACUCUGAACUGAAACACCAUGAUCUUGCACCUGGAGACUUUGCCUUUGUUCCCGCCUGGGUCGAACAUCAGGUCAAGAAUGACACAGACGAAGAUGUUCAAUGGCUCAUGAUCCAAAAUGGCUCAACUCCCAUCCGCGCAGACUUGACAGAAUGGGGUGGUGAUGUGAUCCAGUCAAAGAAUUGA